AUGCGACGUAAGAGCCCAGGCUGGCCUUUCUACCCGCUCGCCGCUCUUCUCUACGUGCUCGUGGACUUGCCCUGGCUGCUCAUCAAUAGCGGGAAUGUGCAAAACAUGGUGGAGGACAUCCAAAAACAGCCCUUGGAGUUUCGGGUCUGGGCAGCUGUCCCUGUCUACGUGGCUUUGGCGUACCUUGUGUCCCGCGCCAACUCCUCCUGGGAGGCCUUUGGAUUGGGGGUGGCAUGCUAUGCCGUCUACGACUGGACUAACAUGAGCACUCUCUCUUCGUACUGGUGGGGAUUCGCUCUGGCUGAUUCCGUUUGGGGUGGUGUCUUGACGUGCAUCGUUUUCAUUAUUUUAACUCAUCCACGCAUUUCACCGGUGUGGGCGGCGCAAAGACAGUAA